AUGAACUUUAUUGAUAACCAAAAAUUGGAAAAAGUGGAUGUGGGUGGACUCAUUGGCUGUUGGUAUAGCCCUAUGAUUGAAGACAUGUAUCUUCAGUUUACAAAGUUCAUGGAAAAGUUGUCUUCUAUAGCUUACGAUCCAUUAGACUUAUUGAACGAUGCGAAUAACGCCUCAUUUCUGGAGGACUAUAAUUACUAUUUAAUUAUGUCGAAAGAUAUUGACAAUCGUUUAGCCACUGUUUCAAAAGCCUGUUUCGAAGACAUCGACAAUCUAAUGUCAUUUCACAAGUUCAUAAUGAUAUUUGGUUCGACUGUGCUGAAUCGGCCUAUCGUAGCGGCUGUUGUGGAAAAGUAUUACGAAAAAGUAUUGGAUCUAAUAGAACUCGAAUUGGCCCGGGAAUUUAAAAUUAUCGACCGUCUAUCAGGAACAGCGAUAGAUACCGGAAUUGAGAAAAGUGACUAUUACGAAACGCGUUACAUACCGGAAGAUAUGGACGAAGAGUACCCACCCGUGGCUAGAGCGAUCAUGUGGGGUAACUCACGGUUACAAAGUCGAUUGUUGGACGAUUUAAACAUUAUUCAGUCCUUUGAUUUACCGAUCAUGAAAACCCCAAGAGGAGAUCAAAUCAAUAUUAAAGUUGAACAAUUAAAGGAUAAAUUUAAAAAAUAUGUAAAUCCCAUGUUGGAAGAAUGGAAGCGUAUUGUACCAAUACAGAUACAAGAAAAUAUAGUGCAACCACUUUUCACAAUUAGUGCAAAUAAGACAAUUAGUCUGAACUUCUCUAAGGAACUGGAUGCCGCAAUUAAAUCAACCAGAUACAUAAUACUUUGUAAUUACAAUUUCAAAGAUCCAAUGUUUGCGAUUCCAAUAGAUGACAUACCAUACGAUGCAAUUAAGCUCUAUAAACGAGAAAAACUGAUUUUAGCAUAUAAAAGAGAUAUUGAAGAAAUAGUUGAAUGGUAUAAUAUACUAAGAACAGAAACACAUCGUACAGAAUUACAGUUAAUUAUUCAAGAAAUCGAGAAUAUUGAUAACCUUAUUGAAGAUGCUCAAAAGUUUGUUACAUGGAAUUCAGAAGCGAAAAUGAUUUGA